GUUCACUACACUUGCACGUUCAGAGGUCUCUCCAUUUCUCUUUAGGGUUUCAUACAAAAUCCCAAAAUCUUAAACCACUUGGGAAAAAAAAACAGAAAAGAUAUUCUCUAUCAGAUUUGCGGAGAUGGAGAGAUAUUUCAAAAGGAAGCCGGAAUCCGAUUUAUCGACGCCACCGAAAAAGGAUUCCAAGAAAACAUGUGCUGAACUCAAUUCGGAAGACCUUCCUGCUGCUGCUGAUCCGGUAUUACUAGUUCCCGAACAAAGAAAAGAGCCGGUAUUACUAGUUCCUCUUUCAGAAUACGAUCCUACCAUGUUGCAGAUCAUCAAACAACAAGCUCGAGAAAUACUUGUUUGGAGUUUAAUCCUGCAGAUCUUCCUACUGAUCCCGCUCUAAGAAUUCCAAUUUCAGAAUAUGAUCCUGAUAUUCGAGAUCAAGUUAGAAGAGCUUAUUUGAAAAAGGGUCCUUGUCAGCCUCUAGGAGGUUGACAAGGAGGUUUAAUCCUAAUUUUAAAAGGAGGUUUAAUUCUAAAAGGAGGUUUAAUCCUAAAAGGAAACCAUAAUUUUCCUUUUAAGAAUUUUGGGAAGAACUACUCCAACUCUAGGAGGUUUAAUCCUGCUUGGUUUAGUGAACAUUCUAAUUGGUUGGAGUAUAGCAUUAAAAAGAUGCUGCAUUUUGUUUGUGUUGUUAUCUAUUUAAACCGAACAAUGCUAAACAAGCAGGUGGCGAUGUCUUUGUUGAUGAAGGGUUUUCUAAUUGGAAAAAGAAAGAAAGGUUGCAGAAGCAUGUUGGAGGCGAAAAUAGUGCUCACAAUCAAGCUUGGAGCGAUUGUGAAGCUUUGUUAGAUGAAUACCGACCAAUUUUGGAUGAUGUGUCUCUUGAUACGCUGCGUUUGCUACUUCGUCAAGGGCUUCCGAUUCAUGGUCAGCUUGAGAAUGAAGGUAAUGAUGGAAAUUUCCUUGAAUUGUUACAGUUACUUUAUAACAGUCACGAAGAUGCAAAACCAGUCAGAUUGGAAACUGCUCUCGAGAAUUCAAAAUCGAUAACCGCUGAUGUUCAGAAGGACAUCGUAAGUGUUAUUUCAGAUGAAAUUGUCCGUAGAAUUACUAGAGAUAUUGGUGACAGACUGUUUUCCAUUCUUCUGGAUGACCGUAACAUACAUUCAGAGGAUAAGAUAAACGUUGUAUUUCGUUAUGUGGAUAAGGGUAGUGUAGUUGAGCGGUUUGUGCUUAUUGAUCAUGUUGCCAAGAUUACUGCUUCAUUUCUCAAGACUUCUGUGGAUAAAUUCUUUUCGAAGUAUGGAUUGUGCAUGUCUAGGUUGCGAGGUCAAGGGUAUGAUGGAGAGAGUAACUGUCGAGGUGAGCUUCAUGGUCUUAAAUCUCUUAUUCUGAAGGAAAAUGAGUGUGCCUAUUACAUUCAUUGCUUUGCUAAUAAACUUCAGUCAAUUCUUGUUUCUGUGGGAACGGAACAAUUUGAAGUUUACAAUUUGUUCAAAUCCGUUGCAAAAUUGGUGGAUAUUGUAGGAGCAGUAGCUAAACGUUAUGCUAAUCUUCAAGAGAGAGAUGUUGUUUUAGCUUUUGAGGAACUCAAGAAUAGUGGUUUUUUAUAUGAAAUGAAGAUAAAAGCGUUCGCAUUCGUAGGAGAUUCAAAUCUGGAAACUACUCUUAUAUGGUCUAGUGUUGCAUGUGAGGAUUCUCACUACAACACCUUAAGCAGCUUAAUUACCAUGUUUGCAUCUGUAAUAGAUGUUCUUGAUGUUAUCGAAAGGGAUGGAUACAGUGGUGAUGACAAGUUUAGUGCGUCAGGUGUCUUGGAUACUAUCUUUUCAUUUCCUAUUGUUUUCAGUCUACAUUUGAUGAAAACUAUACUAGGAAUCACAAGUGAUUUGUCGAAAGCAUUACAGAGGAGAGAUCAAGAUCUUGUGAAUGCCAUGAAACUAGUUAAAGUAUGCAAGGAACAACUUCAAAUGAUGAGGGAUAAUGGUUGGGAUUCUCUAUUCAAGGAAGUUUGUUCUUUCUGUGACGAACAUCAAAUGGAAACUCCAAAUAUGGACAAUGUAGUUCCCAGACAGGUGCGGUAUCGAAGAAGCGAUGAAACUCAAGAGAUCACGAACAUGCAUUAUUAUCACGUUGAGUUAUUCCAAGGUGUCUUGAACAUGAUACUGCAAGAGCUGAAUAAUCGAUUCACUGAGACGGACACUGAGUUGCUUCUUUGCAUCGUGUGUUUGAGUCCAAGUGAUUCGUUCUCUGCAUUCAACAAACAGCAAUUGAUUCGCCUUGCUCAGUUUUAUCCUGUAGACUUCUCUGCUGCUGAAAUCAUGACACUUGCAGAUCAACUUGAAAGCUAUAUAUCUGAUGUGCGCUCCGAUGUUCGGUUUUCAGAACUGAACGGGAUUGCUGAUCUUGCACAGAAAAUGGUUGAAACAGAUAAAGACAAGGUUUACAAUCUAGUGUACUUGCUUCUGACAUUGGCACUAAUCCUCCCAGUUGCAACUGCCAAGGAACAGAGGGUAUUUUCUUCUAUUAACCGUGGGAAGGUAAGGGUAGACACUGGUCUAGAAGAUGAAUGGAUGAGUGAUCGUUUGAUCCCAUACAUUGAGAGUGAUAUUCUUAAUAGCCUUGACAAUGAGACUAUUGUGCGCCGAGUUGAAAAUCUGAAACUCAGUAAAAGGGAUAUUGUAGCUUUAAAUUGACAUGAAUUGAUAUCGAGUUUUUUGUUAUUUUCA